CCCAUCAAGGCUCCCGAGUCUGUAUCCACUAUAAUUACAGCAGAGUCAAUCUUUUAUAAGGGUGUAUACUAUCAAAUUGGAGAUGUUGUUUCAGUGGUUGAUGAGCAGGAUGGAAAAACAUACUACGCUCAGAUCCGUGGGUUUAUUCAGGACCAAUACUGUGAAAAGAGUGCUGCGCUAACCUGGCUCAUUCCUACGCAGGCCAGCCCCAAAGAUUGUUUUGACCCAGCAUCCUAUAUCAUAGGACCAGAAGAAGAUCUCCCAAGGAAAAUGGAAUAUUUAGAAUUUGUUUGUCACGCACCUUCGGAAUAUUUCAAAUCUCGAUCAUCUCCCUUCCCUACUGUUCCUACAAGACCAGAGAAGGGCUAUAUAUGGACUCAUGUGGGACCUACUCCUGCAAUCUCCAUUAAAGAAACUGUUACCAAUAAUUUAUAAUUUUUUUAAGGAAUACUUUGGUUAUUUUGGGUGUAUUCUCAGGUCUGUGAACCCCAUACAAGAUGUUUAAAAAAUGAUAAAAUACUCGUUUUACUUUAUGGA